AUGUCUCUCCCCGUCGCACUUCAGUCUGUCGUCUUUUACGUUCUUGCCUGCACACCAUGCGCUCAAGUCCGACAUCGACAAAAAGCUCGCGAGCAACAUAAGAGGGAGCGUGAGGAGAAGGCGAAAAUAACGGGCGAGCAGCCAACUGCUUACCAACAUCCAUCACCUUUCAACACAAACCCUUAUUGGCAAGAAGAGAUUAGCAUGGGACCAACAUUACCGAAGAAAGCAGCAAGCAAAAAUUCCAGUCAGCGUGGUUUUGCCAGCCAGGGCGCCGGGAGCAGUGCGUUCAGUGUAUCUGAGCAGACGAACAACGGAAGCCGCAUGAACUUUGGCGCUAGCAAUUCCGUCAUGGCCGAAGACGAUAGCCUCUCAGACGAUUGGAACAGGCGGCACGGAUAUCAACGUGAGGACGAGGAGCUAUGGGGACAAUGGGGUGGUCAAAAGUUCAUGGACGCCAUAUCGAAAGCACGAGAUUCGGCUGGACGAUUGAUCGAGUCAACCCUCGGUCUUGAGAAGGAGGUAACCGAACAACAACGACACGACUUCUACUUCCCCAAGAACCCACCAGUCAACGAAUAUCACCCUCCUGUCGUUAGCAGCAAGGCCCCUUCACGAAGCGCCCACCAAUGGAUGCUGCAACCCCCGCCGUCAGCCAAAGUCAUGGAAGGCAAGGUGCCUGUUAGCCGAGCUGCAAGUUCGGGAAGCAAAUCGAGUGCCAGGACACUGGUUGGAGAUGAUACUCAGCUCAGCCGCCUUGUUCACGAGAAGCUUGUUAUGGAGAAGUUGAGAAAGGAGUACGGCAACCCUACAGAAACUGAACUCAUCGAAUCUCUUUUCUCGAACCGAACGAACCAAUCUCUCUCUAUCCAUCGCACUCGAAGCCUGUCGUUCGACACUUCCGACGACUCACUUGACAGUGGAUUUGCGAAGCGAAAGUCAAGACUUCGACCAGUUGCCGCACCACCAGGAUACGAUUCUUCAGAUGAUUCUGAUUCUGACGUGCCCGCUCCUUUCUCGCAAAGUGCCAUGCACUCGAGCCCUCGCCGGAAGCACUCUGCCGCUCAACGUCCCAAGCUUGAGACUAUUCAGAGCACUAGGUCGGCCACAAGGAUGUCCUCGAAGCGAUCCAAGCGACAAAAGUCCAUUCGAUCAAAGAGGCUUUCAGGCGCCGCCUCCCCUGUUGGCGACGACACCGAUUAA